UCUCUGCUCGGUGUUCCGGCUCACUCUCAGCUCUGUUACUGUAACUGUAAGUGUUAAAGGUUUAACUGAAGCUCAUGAAGAACCAGUGAAGAAGAUGAGCGGGGAAGAGUCUGGCGUUCCUCGGGAUCUGCUGGAGAGCGUUCAGGAGGCCAUCGGGCAGCAGGUCAAGCUGUGUUUGGUUCAGAAGGUCAACCUGGAGGUCAAAGGUGACAAACUGGACAGCAGAAUCCUGGCUCUCGCUCCUCAUCGAGUGUUUCUGCUCAGCGCACGAGUGCCUGCUAAAGUCGAUCAGUCCUUCAGUGUGUUCGACAUUCAGAGCAUCAACAGUGUCAAACAGAAGCAGCUGCUGGUGGACUAUGACAGAGGACAGCUGUCUCUGAGACUGGCGUCUGAUCGAGACACUGAUGAUUUUAUUGCACAAAUAGGAACAAACAUUCAGGAGAUUUGUCCAGGACUCGACCCGCUGAGGGUGAUAAAGAAACUUGUGUUAAAGCCGGUGGAGAGAAUCACCAGUUUACAGACACUGUGGGAAAACCCCAUCCCAGCAGAAGCCGGACCCUGCGGCGGUUUCUCGCGUCUCUACUGGUGUGUGUGUGAUCAGAUGGGCGUCCCCUACAGAGACGAGGUUCAGUGGGACGUGGACACCAUCUAUCUGUCUCAGGACACACGGGAGCUCUGCCUGCAGGACUUCAUCCACCUGGACAACAGGGAUCUGCUGGCCAUCACCGCUGCUCUGGAGUUCAAUCAGUGGUUCAUCAAACUCUCCAUAAAGGACUUUAAACUGACAGCAGAUCUGUGUGAUCAGAUAUUCAGAGUUGUGUCUCGAUCUACCAGACUGGAGGAACUCACUCUGGACAACACCGGACUCAAGAGUGAUUUUGCUCAGAGGUUUGCUGCUGCGUUGAGUCACAAUCCAAACUCAGCGUUAAAGGCAGUCAGUCUGCCCAACAACUGUAUUGAAGACAAAGGUGUCAUGUUUCUGAGCCCUGCCCUGUCUAAACUCACACCUGGACUGAAACACCUGGACCUGUCCAAGAACUCACUGUCAUCUAAAGGUGUGAAUAUUCUGGCUCAGUGUUUCUGCUCCACAUCACUCACACACCUGAAUCUGUCUGGAAACACACUAAGAGGGGAGGACAUGCCUCAUCUGUGGAGUUUCCUGUCUCAACCCAACCGUCUGCACACACUCGACCUGUCGAACAGCGAAUCUUCCCUCGACCUGGUGUGUUCGUCACUGCAGCGUGGCUCUCUCAAACACCUGACAGUUCUCAACAUGUCCAGAAGUGUCUUCAGUCUCAAGAGAGGGAAGGAGUUUCCGUCCUCCUUCAAGCAGUUCUUCAGCAGCGCUUCGUCCCUCCAGAACAUCUGCCUCUCUGGAACCAAACUCCCUUCUGAAGGACUCAAAGCUCUGCUGCUUGGUCUGGCCUGUAACCCUAACCUGAGAGAUGUAGCUCUGGACAUCAGUGGCUGUGAGUUGCGGUCAGCGGGCGCUCAGAUUCUGGAGGGCUGCAUCGCUGAGAUCCCAAACAUCACCAGCCUGGACGUGUCUGACAACGGGCUGGACUCAGAUAUGUCUACGCUGCUCGAGUGGCUCGGGAAGAACCGCUCCAUCAAACACUUGUCCAUCGGCAGGAACUUCAGCAACAUCAAAACCAAGAAUCUCGGGCAGGUUCUGGUCUCCGUGGUCCAAAUGAUUCAGGAAGAGGAUUCACCACUGGCGUCUCUGUCUCUGGCCGACUCACGUCUGAAGGCCGAUCUGUCGCUGGUUCUGAACGCUCUGGGCGGGAACACCAGUCUGACACACCUGGACAUCAGCGGGAACAACAUGGGAGACUUCGGGGCCAAGAUGCUGGCCAAAGCUCUGCAGGUCAACACCAAACUCAGGACGUUGAUCUGGGACCGAAACUCUGUCAGCGCUCAGGGACUACAGGACAUGGCUUCUGCUCUGGAAAAGAAUUACACCAUCAGGUUCAUGCCGGUUCCCAUCACAGACGCGGCUCAAGCUCUGAAGAACAGUCCGGAGAAAACUGAAGACGCCCUUCUGAAGAUGGAGCAGUAUCUGCUGCGUAACCACGAGAGCAGGCGAUAUCUGCAGGAUCAGGCGUUCCGGCUGCAGCAGGGCCUCGUCACCAGCACAACACGACAGAUGAUGGCGCAGGUGUGUGUGCAGGUCCAGGAUCAUUUGAACUCUCUUCGCUUUAGUAAGAGUGACAGAGUUCAGCAGGACAUGAAGACGGCCGAGAGCCUGAUGACGGACGCCAAGAACUCCACAACACUUCUGCGCAGUCUGUAUGACCAGCGCUCAUCGGUGGGCAUCAGUGACGGGUCAGCGGGAGUGUGUGUCCAGCAGGUGCAGGAGAAGCUGUGUUCAGUGGCUGGAGAGAUCAGCAUACUCCUAGACCAGCAGCUGCAGGGUUUGCUGGUGUCGAUGUUGGACACGGCUCAGAGUGUGUGUCCUCACGUCAUGCAGCAGGCGUGUUUGCGUGAGAAUCUGCUCCACGCCAGUGAAGGGAGGACGAGUGUGUCGAAGGCCUUCAUCACCUCCACCCUGCUGGAGCACUCGGCCUUCGACAUCAUCAACAAGAUCAGUGAGGUGAAGCUCAGUAUGGCGUCGUGUCUCUCUGAAUACAUCACUGAUGAGAUCUUGCGGUCACUUUCUCGCUCUCAACACACACUGGCGGGUCAUCUGAGCAGGAGAGGUCAGCAGCUGCUGCAUCAGGACUCACAGGAGACAGAAGUUCUAGACGAGAAGGAAAUACAGACAAACAACCUGGUACCAGCAGAACCAGAACCAGAACCACAGCGGACACAUAAAGCCAAGAGGAAGAGCAUUCACAGCAGGAUGUUCAGACCCAUGUCCUCCGCCUUCGAGCUGGACUUUGAUCUGUGCAAGGCAUUAGAGGACGUGUCUCUCUGUGUGGACGAUCUGCCGCCGCCCCCGACUCCGCCCCCUCCACAGCCAGAGUCCCCGCCCCCAGUGGAGGUGGAGCUACCACAGCCUCAGCCUAUGAGCUUCAGCAACCUGCCCACCGGAGACACGCCCCCUCUCCAGCACGCCACCAAGUUCAGGCCGCGGCGGACCAAGAAGGCCAAACCCAGCAGAGCCGCCGUAAGACGCCAGAACACACUUGGAGAGUCGCAGCGCUGUCAGCCAAUCAGCACCGCCCCUGUGCAGGAAGUGGAUCAGAGCAGCUCUGUGGAUGAAGGCGUGCCGGAGUUCUACUCCAGAAAGGUCACCAACAUCGUAGCCAAAGCGCCUGCCGCGGACACAGAGAAGAGCAGAGACUCGCGACUGAGCGGCUUCUUCAGCCUCAUCAAGCAUCGCUCCUCCACCAAAGCCACACCCACCAGCCCCACCCCUGGUGCCAUGGCAACCACCGAAACGAUCACAACGGUCUCCGUGACAACUGCGGAAAAAGAUGCCCCGCCCCUAGAGCCGGUCGUGAUCCCGGAGCCUGUUGCGCAUGAGGUCAAAGGUCACAUGCAGGAAGGUGUCAAGCGGGGCAGUCCGCUGAUGGGGCGUCACAUGGCCGUGCAGGUGCUCGGCAACGACCUGCUGCUGGCGGAGAUACGAGCCAAACAAGAGAAGCGCAAGAAGGCAGGUGUGUCUCCAUCUGCAACAUCCAAACCUGAAGCUCCCGAUGAAGGUGGAGAUCACGGACACACGACACCAGCGGUCCAGAAAGAGGCUCAAGACGAAUCUGCAGCCAGAAAACUCAAACACACACCUCAACACACUCACACACCUGAACACAAACACACAGCUGAACACACACCACCAUCAGAGCACCACUCCAGCCGUCCUUCCGUGUCGUUCAGCACCUCGGACUGCAUCAUUCCUCCUCAUCUGGAUGAUGUCCCAGAAUCCCCUGUUCUGCCCACACUGUCAGUCACCGAGGGGGCGGAGCCGGGUCCUGUCACUCACAGCACAGAGGGAGGAGCCUCAUCUGCCCCCCCUCCUGAGUCUCCUGUGUUCGACACACACACCUCACACACACCGAGUGUCGGCCGCUCCAUCUCCUGCGUUCAGUCCCGGACCGACCCAGAGGAGGGCGACACCGAGCGCCAGCGCACCAAGUCCCUCCCCUCGGCCGCUCCGGCCAAUCACACCGCGUGAUCAUUUCUGACACUGCAGUGGCUUCUACUGAAAUUUAUAUGUUUUAAAACUGUUUUUUACAUAAUUAAAUCAUUUCUAGUUAAACCUGAAUGCAAGAUUAUGAGCUAGAUCAGCGCUUCUCAACAAGGGGCCUCAAAAAACGUACAAGAUGACUUAAAAUAUUUAUCAAAUUGAAAAUAUAUAUUAAAAAUUAUUUGCUAAAAAAUCAAAAAUCUAAUUGUAUUUUCCUCUAAUCCAGUGUUAUUAUAGUAUUAUUGAGAUACAGUUAUAGUCUUUUUUAACCAUUUUUAAUUUUUUUGUUAUUUUAUUAUUAUUUUAAUUAUAUCAAUAUAGUUUAUAUUCAUUUUUAUUUCAUUUAUUAGUACAUCAAGUUAUGUUUAGUUUUAUUGGAGUUAUUGUUUAUUUCGUUUCAUGUAACAAUAUGUUUUGUUAUGAUUCAGGUAAAUAUCAUAACCCUCUCCAUUGAAGAUCAAACUGAAUCUGGAAUUUUCUGGAAUCACUAAAUCAACUGUAGUUCGUCACUUUAACAGUGUUUCUUAAUAAAAAAAAUUGAAAUCAA